UUUUAAAACUUUUAAACACCAGCUUAAUUUCCUCAUAAACACGGCUGAAUGAUCCACUUUACUACAAUCCAUUGUCCGAACCAAUAACUAUUUCUCCACCAUAUUUAUUUGUAAGUUAUUUGGAACCUUGGCUUUGGUUUGGGUUUGAAUUCACUUUGUCAAACUCCGAAUCUGGCAAAUGGCAUAGUCGUAUCUCCUCUGCAUUUCCGCACCCUCCUCCUUUUAAAACCCUAACAACAAAGGGUACCAUCUUGUAGUUGUGUCUCUAGUCCACGGCUUCUCUGCUAACCGCUCCUCCUCGCUGCUGCUGUUCUCGGUUAUUACCUGCAAGACGGGCCUGCAGGUUCUACUGCUUAGCUAUCCGAGAUUACGAAAAUGAGUGCGGUACCGAAAGAGAUUAUUUCGGUUAUUGAUUCAUUGAAGCAACAAGUUGAAGCUCAACGGCAUGUUUAUGUUAAGAACUUAAUGGAAGAAAACAAGCAAAAGUUAUCCAAAGUGACUUUAAUGAAGGAAAGAAGAAGUGUGACGGUUAACGACAUGGAAAAAAAUGCCGGUUUAUUGGUAAAAAAGCAGAAUGAUGCGGUUAAUAUGCAAAAUGAUUUCGAAUCAGGUAACAAGGGUGAUGAUUGCAAUGGUUCACAAGAAAAUUCAGCGAUACUUCUGGGUUCUCCUUUCCCUAAUAAGAAUACUAUCCGAGCAACUAAACUUCCUGAAGUGAAGAGAUUACCACCUUAUACUACAUGGAUAUUUUUGGACAGAAACCAAAGGAUGACAGAAGACCAAUCAGUGCUAGGUCGAAGAAGAAUUUAUUAUGAUCCAACUGGCGGGGAAGCUUUGAUUUGCAGUGACAGUGAGGAGGAAGUAAUUGAGGAUGAAGAAGACAAGAAGGCAUUUGCUAGAUCAGAAGAUUACAUCCUGCGAAUGACAGUGCAGGAAGCUGGUUUAUCAGAUGCUGUUUUGGAUUUACUGGGACAGUGCUUUUCCAAAAAGCCUAGUGAUGUCAAGGCAAGAUAUGAAGUUCUUUGUGGGGAAGAGAAGGCUACGGAAGGUCUAAGAAAGGGGGAGACCGUAGAGACUUCAGAAAAUUCAAACCCGUAUCUCGAUAAAGAUUUGGAAGGAGCUUUGGAUUCUUUUGACAACUUGUUCUGUCGCCGGUGUUACGUUUUUGAUUGUAGAUUGCAUGGAUGCUCACAAGAUCUCAUUUUUCCUACUGAGAAACAACACCCUUGGAGUUCUUCGGAAGAGGCAAAUGUAACAUGUGGGUUGCACUGCUAUCGUUCGGCUCCCAAGUGUGAAGGUGAUUCUGUAGUUAUCUCCCAUAAAUGUGAUGGCCCUGAAGCAAGGGCUAGUCUUUCUUCUGAUGAUGCUUUUGUUGAGGUAUCACCAAGAAAGAAGUCUAAUGGUUCUUCCAACAAGCGAAAGGGGUCCACUCAAAGUGAAAGUGCCUCGUCAAACGCAAGAAGUGCAUCUGAUAGUAGUGAUUCAGAUGAAAGACUUGCUCAAGAUAACAACUCUGUUGACCAACCUUCUAUCCAUCAUAAGGGUAAGUUGAUUGGGAAAUCUGGACCUCGCAAAAGUAGGAACAAGCGAGCUGCUGAAAGGAUAAUUGUUGCAAUGCAGAAGAGGCAUAAGAAGGCGGUGGCUCAAGACGCUGAUUCAAUUAGCGCUGGGCCUACCUUGUCUAGAGAUAUGAAACUUCGAUCUCGGGCACGCAAGGAGGAUGAAGUUGCAAGUUCUUCGAAGAAGAAAGGAAAUUCAAGCACUGGUGAAAAGUCAAGAAAGGCUUCACCAGCUGUGGGCAGCUCCCAGUCCUUGAAUUGUGAUAGUGAGCCUUUAAAUAUAGCACUCACUGACCAAUCUAUGGGUAUUUUGGAUGACGUGUCAAGGAAAGAAGAACUUGUAGAUGAAAGCCCCGGAAAACUAGAAGUAUACAAUGAUAAUUCUUGGAAGGCCCUUGAAAAAGCACUUUAUGAGAAGGGCUUGGAGAUUUUCGGCAGGAACAGUUGUUUGAUUGCUAGAAACCUUUUGAAUGGACUGAAGACAUGUUCAGAGGUUUACCAGUACAUGAAUCGCUUGAAUAAUAAGCUAUCCUGCCAAGGUGGUGAUGAUGAGAGUAACCUUGAAUGCAAUGAAACUACGGGCAAUGAAGUCAGGAGGAGAUCAAGAUAUGUUCGGCGGAGAGGUAGAGUUCGUCGUUUGAAGUAUACUUGGAAGUCUACUGGUUACCAUUCCAUCAGAAAACGAAUUUCAGAGAGGAAAGAUCAGCCUUGUCGACAGUAUAAUCCUUGUGGGUGUGAAGCUGCUUGCGGAAAGCAGUGUUCAUGUCUUUUAAAUGGUACAUGCUGUGAAAAAUAUUGCGGGUGUCCUAAGAGCUGCAAAAAUAGAUUCCGGGGAUGCCACUGUGCUAAAAGUCAAUGCAGAAGUCGUCAAUGUCCAUGCUUUGCUGCAGAUAGGGAAUGUGAUCCGGAUGUCUGUCGUAAUUGCUGGGUGAGUUGCGGUGAUGGUACACUUGGUGUCCCAAAUCAAAGAGGUGACAAUUAUGGAUGUAGAAAUAUGAAGCUUUUGCUCAAGCAACAACAACGGGUUCUACUUGGUAGGUCUGAUGUUUCUGGUUGGGGAGCAUUUCUUAAGAAUGGUGUUGGUAAACAUGAAUACCUUGGAGAGUACACUGGGGAGUUAAUCUCACAUCGAGAAGCCGAUAAGCGUGGAAAAAUAUAUGAUCGUGAAAAUUCCUCAUUUCUCUUCAAUCUCAAUGACCAGUUUGUUCUAGAUGCUUAUCGGAAAGGGGACAAGUUGAAAUUUGCCAACCAUUCUCCUGAUCCAAAUUGUUAUGCGAAGGUUAUUAUGGUAGCUGGUGAUCAUCGAGUGGGCAUAUUUGCUAAGGAAAGAAUAAAUGCAGGGGAAGAACUUUUCUAUGAUUAUCGUUAUGAGCCAGAUCGAGCUCCAGCCUGGGCCCGUAAGCCCGAGGAACCUGGAUCUAAAAAAGAGGCUGCGGGUCCUUCCACCGGUCGUGCAAAGAAGCUCGCUUAAUCUAAUACAAUUCCGUCUCAAAUCAAAAAAUCAUUUUUUGUCAUUCUUUGCAGGUCGCGCGUUAUUUAUAUUUAUAAAAGCGGUGAAAUCCUAACCACUGAUUAGUGACGACCUUAUCAGGGAAAUAUUUUUUGAUUCGAAUUCACAGUCUAACUCAAAUGUAUGAAUGUAUCUACAUACGUUGUAAAAGGUGAUGACUUCUACUGCUGCCCUGAUAUGUACUCAACAUCAAUCUUUACUGGAGAUCUGAUUCUUAUUGAAUUAUGUAUUGUUUCAUCUGA